AUGGACACGCAGAUCGCCUACCCUCCUUCUUCAUCUCGCGGAGGCGAUAUUCAUACAACGAAUAACGCCAAAUCAUCUAAGAAUGAGAAAGUGAAGGCCAUAGCCAAGGCCAAGGAACCAACAGUAGAAAACGUGCCCAGUGACAUCGAGGGGAAAGGAAAGGGCAAGGCUACUCAAAAAGAGGUCGAGGCCACCGAAGACCAUAAUGGCGAUGUUCAAUCAGUCUCGCGCGGUGACAGUGUCUCUUCUCGUUCUCGGGAUAAGCAGGAGGAGGAAGAUCCUUUUGCAAGCUCGGGAGAUUCUGAAUCUGAAGCUGAUCCUGAUGAGAAUGAAUCAUCGAGGCAGGCCAGGAAGGAAUCAAAACGGAGAUGGAAGGCUGAGCUCUAUAAAGACCCCGAUGCGAAAAGAGAGCAUAGAGCAAAGACAAAAGCACGCAGAGCGAAGAAGGAUCGACAAACGAAGCUAAAUAUCGAAAACGAAGGGAUUCGCGGCUACACUGAGGCACGCAAAGCUAGAGCACCGCCGUCUAAGCGUCCGGCAGAAGUUGAGAAGAUCUGGCAAGGACUGUAUCCUACCGUAAAAUCCUGGUGGCGAGAAACGGCUGGUACCAAAAUCCCUAAAAGCCAUCAGACCCAAAUUGAUACGGCUGACAGAAAGAUCAUCAAGUACAUUGACAGCGUCAUAUCAACACCUGGACAGAAGAAAGCCGCUGAGCUUUUCAUGGCUCAGUGGCCUCAGAAGAAAGAACGUGAGAGGCGAGCUUUUGUCGAACGGAAUCCUCAGGCUUCAAAUGAGACUAUCGAAAACGAGUUGGUGGAGAUUGAGAGCAGGUUUCGAGAUGAGGUCGGACUGGAGAACCGCAAGAAGAAUGGGAAAGAUACCAGACAAGAGAUGAUCAACAAGUACGAAUUUCCUGCACAGCGACUCUAUAACUCCAUCUCUGAGCUCGGCAAGCACCUCUCGCAGAUCAAUGAAUUGCCGUCGCAGAAGCACUUAGAAGAGAAGCGCAUUGAGGCUUUGAAGCAGAUGAAGUCGGCCAAAGGGCGAAAGCAACAGUUGCAAUUUGAACAAGAGGCACUCCAGCUUGAAGAGGACAUGCAAUUAAACGAGCACCAGAUUGAAGAGUUUCUUCGUGGGGUGUUAAUCUUCAUGGAGGAAUUGUCGAACGACAUAGGCAUUUCCCCAUCGUUUGUCACGUCUCCUACAGCAAUGACGACAUUCAACAACUUUCUCGAAUCCUCGGAUCAACACAAAGAGCUAUAUCAGAAGCUGAGAGCCCAAAUCGAGCGACCAACAUUGGAGCAGAUCAACGCAUGGGAACUAGCUUCCCGCCCUGUAUACGAUCUUGUUGAAAUCGUGCGCGAUGAUUCCGUUCUAUCGGAGGAACACGCAGAAGUAGUGGACAAGCACUUGACCACGAUAAAGAGACAUAACAGGACUUUGCAGAACUCUAACCAAGCAAAUGGCAUUGGUAUAGACGUCAACUGUGUGCCCAUGGCGAUAUUAGUGGAGAUGGUGGACCAGUGGAAGAAGGGGAAUCCUGACCAGGUCCAAGAGAAUCUCGAGAGGUUGAUGGAGCAACUUAGAAGUGAAGAGCCAGCUAAAGCCACUUUGACAGCACUCGAGACAAACGAAGCACCGGACGAUACCCCGAAUCCUGAUCCUGCUCCUGCUCCUGCUCCUACCUCAAGAACUCAAACUCAGUUUCCUAUACAGGAAUCUUCUCCUGGCCAGUUGACAGAUGAGAAUCUACUCGAUCUGGACAUAGAUUCGAUGUCACUAGAUAACGACCGCGUUGAGCCUUUCGCAUACGGGAACGGUGAGACGGAAUACGGACCGUUGGUAGCAACUCGCGCUUCGAUUUCCGACAACCCCAGAUUCCAUCGCUUUAUCAUUGACGCUGGUAUAGGAGAAGAGAAAUGGGAAUACUUCAGGGUAAUCAAGGGAACUGACCUAGGUCCAGGAGGUGCUGAGAGUAUGCCACAAGAUAAGGAGAUCAGUUUCAACAUAAAGGAAAGGAAGAAAGGCCUUAAGAAUAACCCAUUGAUAGGGAUCGGUCCCUGUGUUGUCAUGCCACGCGCGGAAGGCUAUGUUAGCCGCGCCGGCGCAAAGCAGCGUCAGCCUGAUACCUACGUCCGCGUUGCGUAUAAGGGGAUUACACAGGCUGAUUGGCUAAGCAAAACCGAGUUCAUCCAACUCGCUGGGAAAAAGUAUGCAGAAAAGCACUUAGCGAUCAUGAUCCCAGCCUACUACAAACGACAGCAGUACUUCGAGGCGUGCAAGGCACAAAGAAGGCAUCCUAAGACAAAGCUCCCUUUGACUUCGGAGGACUUUGAAAGCCACCCAUGGCUGUUUCCAGAUGAUGAGAGGAUGAUCAAGCGGCCCGAAGAGAAUGAUCCUAUGGAGGUUGACGACGACGACGAAUCUGUGAUUGAAAAUGUCAAGGUCAACGUAGGAGAUAUGCCAGAUGUAGAGUCGCGUGAUCCAUUUAAGAAGAAGAGAGCUGUUCUUCCACUGAGCGGCUCAGCAGGUUCAGAAUACUAG